GGAAGAAAGGUAAUGUCAAAUAACUCCACGCUAUGGCAUCAAUAUCAUAUCCUUUACUUAACCAUAGUUGGUGCCUCGCAUGUCUCAGCAUUCGAGUCAAAGCUAGCUAAAAUCAUAAACGUUAGCCCCAUUUAGGACCUCAUCCAUGACCUCAGCAGGGAGGAAAUCAAAACUUGGUUUGAACGCUGGUUUUGACCCUUCCAAACAUUUUAAGACAGAAGACAUCUGUAGGAUCACAAGAAUUUCUUUGAAGCUACAACUCACUGCUGGACGAUAGUUUUAAAAAAAUUACGUUAGGAACGGGGUGUGACCUUAAACUGUAGAGACCGACUCACAGUGAUGAGGUCACAAAUGGGGCUAAUGUUAGCUAGAAGCUGCUUCAUUUCUCUGAAAGAAACAACUUGGGAAACAGAUUCAAAUUAUUUGUUAAUGUGCAGCGUACAGCAUAUUUCUUUAUCCACAUGGACAAGAAGCCUCUCCAGUGAGCCAGGAUGUACAAUACUAAACUCUGGAACUGGCUCACCUAAAUGGUAUACAGCCAUCAUAAAUACAGUAUUAUUAAGUACACCUGUGCUUCAGUCCUUUGACUGAAAAGGUCUAUACUUGAGUGUAAUGAUAAAACACAAGAGGAACAAACUAGGAAUACCAUUCACAUUGUCAGUAACAGUGGUUGUUCAUAAUAGCAGGAACAAUUUCCCAUUUGUGACCACAGGACUUUACUCUGUUAUUCCAUUAAGCAAACCUUAGGGAAAACCCUUUAUACCCUUUAGAACUGUUACAGUUUGCACCUUCAAAGGUAUUUCUUUCAUCUCUCAAAUGUCUAUUGUCUGCCUUGAACUUUAAAAUGCUUGCCUGUGGCUAAACCAACAUUUAAAACCAAUAUUUUUACAGGUCAUGUGUUGAAGUCUGUGGUUACUGCCUCGGGCUGCCGCUAUCUUAACGUACUUCCAGCAAAGGAGAAGAGUCUGUGGAAAUAUUUGAUUUAAACGUUGGUUUUGCCCGGGAGACAUUUUAUCAUUCCAGGCAUAUGGUAGACAUCUGUGAGAUCACAACACCGAAUUGCAGAGCGAUGUACGACUCCAAUGCUGUGAUCACAAAUGCAGAUUGGGCCCUACGAAAAUGGAGGUAGUAGACCCUUUUCACAGCAGACAUUUUGACUUGUCAAAGCAGGAAAGCACAGCUGUAAAUAAUAACAUUAACAAUGGCUCCAUGAAGUGUCCCAGAAAGCCAUGUCAGUGAGUGAGCAUGCAUAAUACCAGGACCCUGGAAGUGGCUCUCCUAAAUGGAUUGCAGCCAUUAUUAAUGUUAUUAAUCCCACAUGUGCUUUACCUGCUUUGACAAGACAAAAUGUCUUCCGUGAAAAGGGUUUAUUAACUACCCAGCGAUGUGUCAUAUCCUUAAUUUAUGUAUAAAGGUUAAAUGUCCCAAACUAGGCUUGGCAUAUCUCAAAAGAGGUUAGUUGGAAAAAAAGUGUGAUAAAGUGUGGCUGGAGGGUUGCGAUGUGCAGUUUGCUUCCUUCCUUUAAUGUAAUAUUAGAAUAAAUCAAUGCAUGGAAUACUAGAACCACAACGGAUCGAAAAUGCUCAACAUUGGUCAGGUGGAAGCAAUACUGCAUGCUUUGUGAGGCAGAGAAAUGCACUUCAGUAAUGUAAGAUAAGGUUUGUGGAGUUCUGGAGUUCUGAGUCUGUAUGCUCUCUAUUCAAUAUAUACAAAAAAGGAGUUUAACAGUCAAAAGGAGGUUCUGAGCUGUUUUUGUUAUCCCUGACAAUUUUAUUGUCGUGUAUUUGAGGAUCUCUUUUUGUGUUAGGGGGCCCUCUGCUGUAUUCUUGUGUUUAUUACAACUCAGUCUCUUCAAUUUUCUUGUAAUCUUGCUCGAAUAGUCACACUGUGUAUGUUGUGUUAAUUCUGUAUGAUGCAUCACCUAUAUCAUACACUCUUUCAGUCAAAUGCAGCCUGAAUGGAUCAACACGGAUCAUCCUGCCUGGCUUCACCACUCUGGACCAGCAUUGAUAACAGGUCUUACACAAAAUUACUAUACACUUCCUGUCUCGGCGAAUGGCGAGGCGCUGUUGACCAAUGGGAGGGCAGUGGUGAGGAUGCAACAGUGAUCCAGGAAAAAACAGCCCAUUGUUUCUGGGACGUCGGAGAAGUGUGACACCCCCCCAUUGCUGGCUCUGGCUGCUCGGCUUAGCAGCACACUGAAGGACCCAAAACCCCAUUGUCAGGUCAGUAUGAGUGGGGGAGUCAAUGUGAAGUCGGCCCCCGGGGCUCCUCCCUCGUCAGGAAUCCCCCUCCCACACAGCCUGUUGCCCUCCUCCCCCAAAGCAGACACCCGCCGCCGGGCCACUGACCUCCCCAGGCCCUCAACUCAGACCCCUAAAGACACACCCACACACACACCCACGCACUCUCCUUCACUUUGCCCACGGAGCUCCAGCAUCCCCGGGCCUUCCACCAGGGACCCAACGAGAUACCCUGGCCUGAAAAGUCAGCUUUGUAAGCGGAUGGGAGCUCUACCUGCUCCCCAGGUGUCUCGCUCUGCCUACAGUAGCCCGUUAACCCAGCGCAGGGUACUGCCACCACACUCCAAAGACACCCUGGAUCUGGGAAAACCCGCCCCGCCUCACAUCCCGUCACAGUUUCCACAUGAUGGCAAUCGCAACAGAAACACCUUCACCAAUAAGAACCAAACAUGGGGAACCAGCAACCUGCAUCCACCGCUCCAGUUCAGAAGAGGAGACAACUCCAACACUGUAUUCCAGGCAGCAAGUGAGGUCAUGCCACAAAGAGCGGAAGAGCCUCCAGAAAACCACCCAGCCCAGUCCACCAUGUUGAACAGCGGUAACCUCUGCCCCUCUCUCGCUCAGAUGAGCUAUGAGCACGCCAUCAGAGGUCGCAGUGACUCCACCAGCCAAUCAGACGAAGAGAUGGGGACUCCUGAGGACUGCAGUCCGGCCUCCUCUCCUGAUCCCCUAUCUCUGCCACCGAUCAUAUUCACUGUGCCAGUAAUGUCCAAGGUGGCUGUCGAUAUGCAGAAUCAAAGCCUAGACAUGGAGGCUGCGUCCACAGAGACACACACACCCAGAGUCAACAUGGCUACUGUUGCUCCCUUCAGCUACAGGGUGCGAGUGCAAGAGAGCGAUUUUUUUUCAGUGGAUGAACUGAGUGACUGCUCAUCUGGAUCCAUAGAAGUCUGCUGUGAUGACCUAACACCAGAGUGUAUCACUGAUGCUGUUGCUUGGCUCUCUGCAGGAGGGAUGCUGGAGGCUAAUGUGGCUAACAUUAGCAUGACAGCUAAGCCCAGAGAGCUAGACCUGAGGUCUGCUGCUGUCUCCUGUCAGGAAACUUCAGCCCAGGCCAUGGCCUCUAGGAAGCCCCCAGGCAAGCCCUCCACUCUGCCCCAAGGACCUCCACGUCCCUCCGGGUCAGAGCUCAAGGUCUACCGGCCCACCUCUGGAUCUAUCCCUAUCCCAAUCCCUAAUCCAUCCAGGCUCCGCAAGCAGCGAUCACUUAGCAACUUGUGUGUGCUCACUGAUGCUGAGAAGAAGCUGCACCUGUACCAAUCUCCCCGCUGGAAUGAUGAUACGAGUCGGCCUGGCACUGGCACCAACAAGCCGGGCCAGACUAAGACAUCUCAGGCUGGGGGUGGGAAACCACCACUUUCCCGGACCCUUUCAAAGUCAGAACAGUCUCUUUUCCAGGGGAAGGCCAAACCUUUCUGCUCCCCGUCUGUGACUUCUAACGUGAGCAAGCCAAGUCGAAUCCCUGCCCCUGGUAAACCACGUGGACCUUUUGCUGAGGUCAAGCCCAUCAGCAAGGCCCCUGAGGCAGGCCAGAGUGCAGACAUAGACCCUGCAGACCACCCAACUAAGGUUAACUCCAAUGGAGCUGGGAAUACUGGCACUAAUGGAAAGAAACUAGGGGAGAAGGGGAGAUCUGCAGCUCUGUCAACAGAGGAGAAGAAAGAGAGGAAGGGGAUAGAGGGAGAAGAUGAUAAAGGCUUUCUGAAGGUGGACCCAGAGUUAGUGGUGACGGUUCUGGGAGACCUGGAGCAGCUGCUUUUCAGCCAAAUGCUUGACCCAGAGUCCCAGAGGAAGAGGACCGUGCAAAACGUUCUGGAUCUUCGACAGAACCUGGAGGAAACCAUGACCAGCCUGAGAGGGGUGCAGCUCACCCACAGCUGUGUGGAGGGGACAAUGUGCUACGACAGCGAUGAAGCUGCUGCGUUCUCAAUUUCCAGUCUAUCAAAUCGCUCCUCUCCAUUGUCAUGGCGCCAGGGUCAAGCCAGCCCCCGUCUGCAAGCUGGUGACGCUCCGUCCACAGGUAACACCCAGUCAGAUGUUCCCCUCCGGAUCAGCCACACAUCACGUAUCCAACUCAUCGAAGCACUGGACGACUCAGAUCCGUCCCUCCUGAAGGGAGAUUACCUCAGCAACAGCGACCUCGGCGGGAAGAGCCCAAACGAGGAUGAUGAAGACGAUGAUAUUGAUGAUCUGGGGAAUGGUUGGGAUGAGAGCAGUUCUAUCAGCAGCGGUUUGAGUGACGGCUCAGACAACCUCAGCUCUGAAGAGUUCAACACGAGUCCCACUCUCAACUCCCUUCCUACCACUCCCAUCGGCUCCCGCAGAAACUCAGCCAUAGUGAUGCGUACAGAUGCAGAGAAGAGAUCUCUGGUGGAGAGUGGUCUGUCCUGGGACACUGAUGAUACCAAACCCCGUCGCAAGAGCCAGGGCAGCGGCGUCUACGAUACAGGAAGUCUCAAGUCCGAAUCAGCCAAUAAAUGGAAAAAGACACGAACACAGGGGGAGGGGAUGGAAGGAGGGAAGGGUGAACUGAAGAAACCUCAGACCCUGGGUCAUGGAAAUGUGUUGAAGAAAGGAAGAAACCCACCUGUGGGAGUCACCUCCCCAAUCACACAUACCUCUCAGAGUGGGCUGAAAGUGGCGGGUACAGUAAAGUCAGAUGGGAAGCCAAUCGAUAAGUCUCGGUUAGCAGUGAAGACCUCUGGCCUUCAGCGCUCUUCUUCUGAUGCCGGUAAAGACCACAGAAAUGGCACAGGUGCUGGUGAGCAACGUAAACCUCCAUCUGGCCUAGUCAGGCCCUCAACUGGUGGAAACUUUGGCUUCAAGAAGCCCACCACGGCUACCAGUAAUGGCACAAACAAUGCCAGUACGGCCACUGUGAUGAGUGCAGGUGGCAGCGCCAUACCCUGCGGCUCUGCAACUGUGGGGAAGAUUACCAAAACAUCAGGUAUUCCUGUCAAACCAGGGGCUGGUGGUGGUGGAGGACGUAAGACAAGUCUAGAUGUUUCAAACAGCGACCAUAGUGGUUUUCUAUCCCCAAAUGCCAGGACGUCUCUCCAGUACCGCUCUCUGCCUCGCCCAGCAAAGACAAGCACCCUAACGCUAACCCGGCCGAGCUCAGCUCGCCCAGUAAGCACUACCAUGGACACAGGCUCGGGGCUGAUCAAACCCUCCACCACAGUGCUUCAGGGCUCGAGGCUCAAAGAACCCGCCUCAGGGCUUGUUUCUGGAACAGGGUUGAGUAAGACAGGGGGUCGUGGUAUCCCAAGUCCCAGUCCUGUCAAUCAGACAGACAGAGAGAAAGAGAAAGAGAGGGCCAAAGCUAAAGCUGUAGUAUCUGACUCUGAGUGUGGAGGUGGGUCUCUGAAGGGCAGCCCUGCUCAGACCCCCUCAGAGAACGGAGGGAAGCUACAGGGGCUGAGACCUCCCAGCAGUGGCAAGGGCAUGGAUCUGCCCUCACCCAACACACACAGGUUAUCUGGGGUGCGCAGCCUGGCAAAGCCUCCAUCUAUGGCCCAGCUUGACAAGCUGAACUGUAACCUAGAGGUGGGAGUUCAUGACUCCCUGCCACCUAAGAUUCCUCCCUACUCUAAGCUCCAAGACCUGGCCAGCUCAGUAGGCAGCGCGACUGGCCCUUGCCUGACCCCCAGUCCUGCUCCAUUACUCAAUGUGAACUCUUCGGCCUGCUUCUCUAGCUCGGGGACUGGUUUGGGGCCCAGGCAGGUCUCUUCCCUCGGUGCUGAAGGAAGCGGAGGGAGCACAUCUCCCCUGCUCUACCCUCGUCUGUCUGGGCUGCAUCGCAGCCUAGAGUCGCUGCCACUCCAGAUGAGUCUGGCCCCAGAGCCCCAGGAGAGGGAGAAGGAGAGGGAGAGGGAGAAUUUGGUGAGAGGCUACACCACCAUAGAGUCCCAAGACAAAGAUAGACGGGAAGACAGAGGCCCUCCUUCCAGCUGGAGCUCUGGAAGUAAAGUGUCAUUGUCUCUCACAGACAGUUCUCAGAGAGACAGAAACACGCUGCCAAAGAAAGGUUUAAGUUUCAGUGGUGCCACCCAGGUUGAGGAGGAAGGGAAGGAGAAAGGAGAGAGGAGACACUCUCAUACUAUUCUUAGUAUGACCGACUCGCUUGCCCUUCCACUGCUGUCCUCACCUACCUCCCUGCCUCGCACCUCUAAGACCAGUAUGGUACCCAGCCCUGUCAGUGGACCUCCGAGGAUGACUCGAUCCAACAGCAUCCCAACACACGAUGCCUCUCUGGAGCUGUACGGAGCGUCUCCGCUGGGUAGCACACUGUCGCUGGCUGAACGCCCCCGUAGCAUGGGAAUGGUUCGCUCCGGAUCCUUCAGGGACAAGGAGCCCGAUGAGGUACAUGGGUCUGUACUCUCCCUGGCGUCCAACGCCUCAUCAAGCUACUCCUCGGUGAGUGUGGGCGGCAUGCAUACUCAGGCUGAGGAAAGGAUUCAGGGAGAGCAAAUCCGUAAGCUGAGGAGGGAGCUGGAAUCGUCCCAGGAGAAGGUGUCUAACCUGACGACACAGCUGACAGCAAACCAGGCAAAUCUGGUGGCUGCCUUUGAGCAAAGUUUAUUACUGAUGACAACUCGGCUGCAGAGUCUGUCAGUAAGCCACGAACAGAAGGACUCAGAGCUGAUGGAUCUGAGGGAGACCAUCGACGCUCUGAGGGCCAGGAAUGAAGAAGCCCAGGCUGUCAUACAAGGAGCCUUAAACAACCCAGAUAUGAAAGACCUGCAAAUUCGACGUCAGAACUCAUGUGAGAGCAUCUCCAGUCUCAACAGCCUGACCAGUAUGUCGAGUGUGGGCAGCUUGAAGGACCAAGAUGCCAAGAAGAAGAAGAAAAAGAGCUGGGUCUUUGAGCUGAGGAGCUCCUUCAACAAGGCAUUCAGCAUUAAGAAAGGCUCUAAAACGUACUCAGACAUUGAGGAAAUCGCCACCCCCGACUCCUCAGCUCCCAACUCCCCAAAGAUGCUUCAUGAGGGGGGAGAAGGAGAAAACCAGCCCUCAUCCCUCAAAACCUUGGCCUCUGCCACCUCCUCUGUGAUCAUGGAGACUACAGAAGAGGCAGAUAAUGAGGAAACAGCAGUAUCAGAGCUACGCUCAGAACUAUGGGUGAAAGAGAGAGAACUGACAGACAUCCGGCUGGAGGCCUUAAGCUCCGCACAUCAGCUGGAGCAGCUCCGCGAAGCCAUGAACAACAUGCAGUCAACGGUGGAGAACCUAAAGGCCGAGAAUGACCAUUUGAAAACAGGAAGUCAGCUUCAUCUCCCUGGCUCCGGUCCCACCUCUUCCACUUCCCAGCCUUCGGGCCUGGCCUCUCUCCUGGGGCCCUCACUGAGGCAGCCGAUGAGUAUGUCCCUCACCAAGUCCUUCAGCCUCAGUCUGAAUGAUUGUAAAGAUCCAGAUGCGUCUCCAGUUGACAUGUUAAGUGUGUCUUGCCAGCUGGAUGAGGUGUGUGCACGAGUACUGGUCCGCAUUGGAGAUCAAGCAGAGGACAGUAAGCAGCAGCAGGAGUACUACCUGGGCUCAGUGCCGAUCAGCGCGAGGACUGACUGGGCCUGUCUCGACUCUCUUAUAGCGAAGACCUUCAAGGAUUAUCUAACUCAAGUGGACCCGACAGCCAGCCUGGGUCUGUCCUGUGAUUCACUGCACAUGUACCAGCUGACCCAGGGAGGGCAGAGGGUGAUAGGAGGGGACAAACCUCAAGCCUCACCUCAUCGUUGUCUCGGCAGUGCUUCAGCUCAAAUAUUUGUCACUUUGAAAGGUCUUCGAGAAAAAUGUGUUGACUCACUGGUGUUUGAGACUCUGAUUCCUAAGCCGAUGAUGCUGCAUUACAUCAGCUUGCUGAUGAAGCACAGGCGUCUGGUUCUGUCCGGCCCCAGCGGAACAGGAAAGACUUACCUGGCUCAGCGUCUGGCCCACUACCUCCUGCAGCGCAGCCGGACUGACUUGUCUGAGGCCGACCAUGAGCCCUGUCUGCUGGGUCACAGCGCUGCCAUCACCUUCAACAUGCAUCAUCAGUCGCAGAAGGAGUUGCAGUUGUAUCUGUCUGAUCUAGCAAAUCAGAUUGACAGAGAGAGUGGAGGAGAAAUGCCGCUGGUUGUUAUUAUAGAUGACAUUAGUGACUCAGCGGCCAUCACUGAGCUUGUUAACGGAGCACUCACCUGCAAGUAUCACAAAUGUCCUUACAUCAUUGGAACAACCAAUCAGCCUGUGAAGAUGACAUCUAACCACGGACUGCACCUUAGCUUCAGGAUGGUGAUGUUCUCCAACAACGUGGAACCGGCUAACGGGUUCCUGCUGAGGUACCUGCACCGUAAAGCUGUGGAAGCCUACCAGGAGAAAGAGCAGGACUCAGCACGCCGCCAGGCUCUCCUUCAUGUGCUGGACUGGAUCCCUCAGCUCUGGUACCACCUUCACGCUUUCCUGGAGAAACACAGCACUUCAGACUUCCUCAUAGGUCCCUGCUUCUUCCUGUCGUGCCCAGUAUCAGUGGCAGAGUUCAGGCAGUGGUUCAUAGACUUGUGGAACCACUCCAUAAUACCGUACCUGCAGGAGGGAGCCAAAGACGGCAUCAAGGUGCACGGGCAGAAGGCGGUAUGGGAGGAUCCAGUGGAGUGGGUGAGAGGGACUCUCCCUUGGCCCAAUGCACAGCAGGACCAGUCCAGGCUCUUUCACCUACCUCCCCCCAGCAUAGGUCCACCCAGUGAGGAGAAGAAGUCCCCCAAAGAUACACCUCCACCCAGCACACUGGAGUCAGACCCACUGAUGGCCAUGUUGCUGAAGCUCCAGGAGUCGGCCAACUACAUAGAGUCUCCAGAGCGGGAGGGCUGUCUGGAUCCCACUCUGCAGGCUACACUCUGAGGAAAACAUGCAACUGUCAGUCAAGAUAUGGAACUAUGGACUUUUUAUAACGGCUGACACAGCGGGUGCAGUACCAAUGAGACUUUAAAGACUCAAUAAUUAACUUAACUGUGUGCUCAGUGAGCAGCUACAAAGCUAAAUGUAAAGGAUCUAUAGAGAGAGAGAGAGAGAGAGAGAGAGAUUAUGGACGAAGGGUUUGCUCUGCCCUGCUAUCAGAACUUUGGAAAGACAAUUAAACUGCUUUCAUAGGAAGCUGUGAUGAUCAUGUCAGGGAAAGACAUCGACUUGUCUCCUCUCUGCCCUCAAUUUGUUCCAGAUGCUUUGAAUCUGCAAGUGCAUGGUAACCGGAAUAGUAUGAUGCAAAAUAUUACUUAUAAUCCUAUUGAUCAACACCCAUUCUUUUCUUUUCUUUUUGUUUCGACCGCCACAACUUUCACCACAACUAUUGGUGCUCACUGUACUGGUUUUCUUUGAAGACGCAUGCUUCACUUCACAAAGAAAUUCACCUCGGAAGUAAGUCUGAUUUCCUCAAAAGUAGGAUCAUCACUUGACAACAGCCAAAAAUGCACUUUAUUUUCUACUUGUGGUAAUUGGAUUUUAGGAGGCUGUGUCAGUGACUGUGUAUCAAAUGGGGACUAUGAGUUAGGCCAAAUCAUGCAGUUCAUUAGUAAUUCCUCUAAGUGGCAGCAUCUACUUAUUCCUGCCUCAGCGCUCUCCUGAUGUGCUUUCUGACUUAUCAAAGGUGCUCCGUAUAGAACAUAACACACACUCUAUGACACAACUAUAAAAAAGGCCUUGAAUGUUUUUUCUUUUCUUUUCACUUCAGCCAUUGUGUCAUUCAUGGAUCGAACAUCAGAACUGUGAAGCUGUAAGAGUAACAUGCAUGGGUGAAUAAUGAAUAGAAUAAUGAAUCAGUUUUAGGGUCAGUCUGUAAAGAAAAUGUCAUCAUUAGUGGACUCAGUAGCUACUGGUUUUCUCCAGUAGCAUACUGGCGUCAUAACCACAGAAACUGACAUUGACCCUACUCAACAUACUGUAUUGUAAACACAGAAAACUAAAAAAACCUGCUUGUUUAUCUAGUCUGCCAAAACUGCCUACCAUUUCUGGCUAUGCUUGCGUGUAUUCUGUAUUUAGAUAUCAGUUUUAAAACACAAAAUUCUAGAUGAGGAUACAGCUUUGAAAAUCUUGAUUUUGUAGGAUUUUAUACUGAGUCAUCUUCAACGAUCGUCUGUAUACAGCAACUACCACCUAUGUAUACCUAGUGUCAUUAUCUACAGCGGCAGACAGUGUAGACGCAUUAUACUUCUGUCGCCAAUGUUUCGAUCAUUUCUCUUUUAUCAUCCCACAAGAGGAAAAAAAAUGCCAUCAAGUGAUAAGAAUCUACAAAAAAUAUUUUCCUUAUUCAUUGCAGUUGCUCUUUAUAACUUUGAUAACAUCCCUUUUUUUCAAACUGUAGAAAUGAGUUUCCUUCUCACACGUUCUAAGAGUUACUGUAAGGGCUGGGGGUAAGAAAGGUUGAAACUCAUUUUUAAGUGGCUUCCUUUUAUUCCUUUCCUUCAUUUGUUUGCACAUAAUAUAUGUUAGAGUACUAGAUUACAGAAAGUAUUUAUUGCUCACAUCCUGACUGUUCUCGUGAGGAAGGAAGAAAGCAUUAAAAAAAGAUGUGUAAGAGGAGGAAACUGUAGGUAGUAGAGAUAUUCUUAAACCUCUCAGCCCUGUGCCCCUCAACCCUGAAGUACCUCAGACUGCCAUAUUCUGUCUAGACAUUCCUCUACUUUCCAAACAGGGUGCUGAUGUAAAGUAGAGACAUGAUGCCUAAGUCUAUCUGUGCCUGAAACACAAUUUGGCCUGAAGCUGCUUUUGAGCUGCUUUAAUCUACCACAUGGAGGCCUCGAUUUAGAGGAAACAUCAUCACUUCCUCUCACCUACUCUGAUGUCACUUUAAUGUCGGCACCUCGAUGCCCAGAUUCCGGGUGGCUGGUAGUCAUGGUGAUAAGCUGUUAGUUAAGGUGAUGUGUGUGUCAGUUAACUGCAAUAGAUGAGAAUGUGUCUCAUGGCUGCUUGUGUGCAAUUUGACACCAUCUUAGUGUGAAAGACUUGACAUCUUUGAGCAGUUGCCUGAGAGUUAGAAGCAGCGUAAAAAAAAAGAUAUUAGCCUGGAGACGUAAUGUUGAUGCAUGUAUCCCUGCUGUGUUUCCCAAAGUGUUGUUUCAUUGGACCUACCACACCUAAACCUUAGCACGGGAGGGAUUUUUAAUAACUGGAUAUCUUCCUCUUUUCAUGUUGUUUUUAAGAGCAGACAUUUGUUUUUUCUUAUGCAAAUAUUUGUAAAGGUUUCUUUCUCUUUUGUACAUGACAUCACUAUUGUAAACACUGUAAAUAGUCAGUGCAUCUGCGACAACAAUCACUAAAAACGUGUAGAGAUCUAAGAGAAGGCAUGUCCCCUGUAUGCAGAAAAAGGGCGUCCUCUGCGGUUUUAUUGUCUUCCUCCAUUAGGAAGGAGCACUUGGCUUAAAAUGGGUCCUAAUUAUGGUUGUAUGGCAUGUCUCUAUAACCACAUCAAGUCCCAUAUGUCUAACAUUGAGAAAUGGACACAAUAAAGUCAUGCCAUUCUUCACAUCA